AUGUCAAGUCACAGAUGUUGUCUCAAUUCUGUAUCCGCCAUCUUCCCACACGGCUGCCUUGGCUUUUCGUCUUUUCUUUUCUAUAUUUUUUUCUUUUUCUUAUUAUUUCUAAUGUUUUUCUUAUUUCUUCAACUUUUCCUUGUCCCAAUUUUUUCUUAUUAUUUUUUCAUUAUUUUCUCUAUAUCCUUUUUUUUUCUUUCCUUGGGUCUAUCAUUUUUAGCUGUUUGUUUUUUUUUUUUUGCACUUUUAUCUAUUCAUAUCAUCUUUCUUUCUUUUCACAUUUUUCUUUCUUUUUUUUUCUUCCCUUCUUGUUCUAUUACUUUUCUUAAAACAUUAUCCUUCAUUAUACCCCCUCCUUUUCAAGCAUGCUUUUUCUUUCUUUCUUUCUUUCUUUCUUUCUUUCUUUCUAGAGUUAUUCUUUCUUUCAUUCUUUCUGCAGUGAUUCUUUCAUUCUUUCUACUGUGGCCCUUUCUUUCUUUCUUUCUUUCUUUCUUUCUUUCUUUCUUUCUUUCUUUCUUCAAUGAUUCUUUUUCCUGCAGUGAUUCUUUCUUUCUUUCUUUCUUUCUUUCUUUCUUUCUUAACUCUUUUCUCCAUACUAACAUUUACACACUUUUCUCAUAUCUUGCUAACCUUUCUGCCUCCUCUCUCUCGCCUUCUUUCUUUCUUUCUUUCUUUCUUUCUUUCUUUCUUUCGUUCUACAUGAUUCUUUCUUUCUUUCUUUCUUUCUUUCUUACUUUCUUUCUUUCUUACUUUCUUUCUUACUUUCUUUCUUCUGUGAUUCUUUCUUUCUUUCUUUCUUUCUUUCUUUCUUUCUUUCUAUAG